UUUGUGAGGAUUCGUAUUACCAUGCACUCAAGAUAGAAGCUGCCUCAAUCCCCAAUUGAACAGCAAUUGAUAUCGAAAGGGACCUAUUUUCUGUAAUCUGGUAGAGAGAGAGAGGGCGGCUCUUCUUCCCUACUUGUCCCAUCCUAGAGAGAGAGAUGGAUGACCCACCCAUUGAGAAGAUCUCCAUCCCUGGUCCCCUUCUCUCCUCCCUUCUUCAACUCUUCGCCUCCUCACCAGCGGACACCUCCGGCUACAUCUUUGGCCAUUUACUCCCUCUUUCUCCCUCUCCUCCUCUUCAUGACGAUUCGGACCCACCUCCAUUUCCCCCUUCUUCUCCUCCUCUCUUUGCAACCAUAACCUCUCUCUUCUCUUCCCCCAAUAACCCCAACUUUCUCUCUCCUCUCGCAUCUUCGACUGCCCCACUUCUUGGUUGGUUCUCUGCUCGUCGUCAGACCCCUCUUCGGCCUUCAAUGAGGGAAUUUUCUAUCUCUAAAACACUUUUUACCCAAACCCCAAAUGCCCCCUCUCCAUGCAUCUUUCUCAUCCUCUCUGGUUCUUUCUCUCACCAACCCAUUCACACCCACGAAUAUCGUGCCUUUCAAUUUAAGAGUGAUGGUACUUUCGAGCCAAAGCCGUUGCAAAUUGUGAAUAUUGGGCCUGAUUUUCGACCCCAUUACAAUGUUUUUUCUCCUAUCUCUCCCAUUCCCUCUCUUGCUUUGAAUGAAUGCGAAGAGGAUAAGAGGCCAAAGAGCUUGAGUGAGAUGAAGGGAGAGAAAGGGGCAAUUGAGCAGAAGGCAAUGGAUGCUUGUGCGGAGGGGUUCUCAAUCACUAGAUUGGGAAGGCUUAUGGGUUCAGAGCCUGCCCGUUACACAGCUGAGCUUGAGGAGCUCUAUGGAAAGAUGUUAAAGAGGCUUGAGAGCUUGGCUCAACAGGUGGUGGAGAGCUCUGCUAAGCUUCUUGAGCAGGAAAACCGAAAUAUGAAGUUCAGGUGCAAACUAGCAGGAAUGGAAUAGGCCAUUGAAAGUUCAGAAUUUUGCUUUAAGGUAUGGACCGAGAAGGAUGUUUCUAUGGUUCUGGUGAAGUGCUUAAUCCAAAAUUGAUUUCUUCCAUCCUAUUUUGCAGGAAUCAAGCUACAUUAGUAAACCCUAGUUCCUGGUACACUUUCUGUGCCCGCUUAUCCGAAAAGGAUUGGUGUGAAUAUCAAUUGAUAUAUUUUUGCUCGUUUACUGAAGUUUGUUAUAUAUUUUUUUUUGAGCGGGGAUUUUCUUUCA